AUGGCGAAAGACAGCUCUAAAAGCUCGACGACACCACCGUCCAAAAAAAUCGAUCGGAAGGCUAAACACGCUAAGGAAUCGGAGAAUGCACAAGCUGCAGACGCGCAGGAUGACGCAUCCAUGGUAGAGAAGGAAGGUGGGGAGGACAUCACCGAGAAGAAGAAGAAAAAGAAGCGCAAGUCCAGCGAUCGCGCAGUCGCCGAGGAUGGAGAUGGGGGAAAGGAGAAGAAAAAGGUGGAGAAGAAGAAGAAGCGGCGGCAUGCUGGGGAUGAGGAGGACAGUGGUGCCGAUGUGUCCAAAGAGGAGAAGAAGCCGAAGAAAAAGAAGAAGAGGGUUUCCUUUGGACCUGGGACUAAGGCAAACGAUGGUAGUGACGCCGAGGACGCGACAAUGAGCACGGCGACCAACGGCGACGAGGCAGAUGCAGAUGCAGAAGACAACAACGACGCAGCAAUCGAGGAAAUGAAGAAACGCAAGCGCGAGAAGAAGAAAGAAAAGAAAAAGAAGAAUGAUGGAUCUUCUCCAACGACGACGACGACGACAACAUCGCACCUCCAUGAGACUCCCAUCCUUUCCUACCUGAGCCGCUACCAUGCAGACCGCGCGUCAUGGAAAUUCCAAAAAAAUCGCGAAACACACCUCUUCAAACACCUAUACUCGCUUGAACAUGUCCCUGUUCAGUACAAUGCUGCACUGCUGGUCUAUCUACAGGGGCUGAAAGGUCUAUCGGCGAAGGCGCGGCUCAGCUAUGGCGCGGAGGAGGUCAUCGUUGCUGAUAUGGAUACUGAGAAGAAGAAAGAUGGCGAGGGUCAUGGAGAAGAAGAAGGUAGCGAGGGUGGAGAAUACCAGCAAGCUGUGGAGGCCUUCCGGACUUGUCUGUCUGAGGGCAAGGACGAUGUCAAUGCUGAGGAAGUUGGCGAGAAACUGGGGGCCGAUGGACAGGCCCGUCUGAAGAAGAGACAGCGAGCAGAGCUAGUCUUUUUCGCGGUUGCGGGUAAAUUGUUCAGUGGGGAGCAGUCGAAGCCGGUGUCUGAUAAGCAGACCAAGGCGCCUGGGGCGAACAAGAAGAAGCGGAAGAACAGGACGGCCAUUGUUGAGAUCUCGAGCAGCAGUGAGAGUGAGGAGGAUAGUGAGGAGGAUAGUACUAGCUCGAGUGGCUCCUCGUCUUCCUAG